AACAAUUACCUUGCUCUUGAUCCCGUAUCUUCUUUAUACCAUUUCCCCCCCCCCCCUAUUUGCCCAAUUCACCUCCUCCGCAUCCACAACGUCCAUUGUUACUCGACCUCAGCUACCGCUCCACCUCCACUGCUGCUUCAAAUCUCCUUGGCUCUAAGAUCUCGCCAGCACGAUCACAGCUUCGUCAAGAGUGAUAUACUGUGCUUAUUGAUGGCAGAUUCGGGUGAAAUUCAGCCUACUGAACCAGUGGACACAGGAGAAAAGCAGCAGUCCGAGCCAGUAUGCAAUUUCUUUAGAAAGCCAACAAAAAACAAGAACAUUAGGAAAAGGACGCACGACGAAGAUGAAAAUGAAGACUCAAAAACUGGGACUUCAGUGCUGCAUCAGCAGAAGAAGCCUCCCAAACCUGAUAAUAAGCUGUAUUUUUCAACUGGGUCAUCUAGAAAAUCGACAAUGGAUGAACCCAACAAAGAAUCUGAGCCAAUUUUUCAAUUUGAGUCUUCAAAGGAGAUUCAAGUCCAACAUGAUAGUAGGGCAACGGCAACUCUUGAGACUGAGACUGAUUUUUCAAGAGAUGCUCGAGCAAUUCGAGAGAGAGUUCUUAAGCAAUCACAAGACGCAUUAAAGGGGAAAAACAAGAGUGAUGAAAAGUUGUAUAAAGGGAUUCAUGGAUAUACCGAUUACAAGGCGGGAUUCCGAAGAGAGCAAACAGUUGCCAGUGAGAAAGCUGGUGGGGCACAUGGUCCUCUAAGGGCUUCUGCUCACAUUAGGGCAUCUGCAAGGUUUGAUUAUCAGCCCGACAUUUGUAAGGAUUAUAAAGAAACGGGGUACUGUGGGUUUGGAGAUGCUUGUAAAUUUAUGCAUGACCGGGGGGAUUACAAGUCAGGGUGGCAGAUGGAGAAAGAGUGGGAAGAAGCAGAGAAAGCAAGGAAGAGAAAUUUGGCUAUGGGAGGAGAUGAUGCAGAUGAGGGAGGUGGAGGACAGAGCGAUGAAGAUGACGAUGAUGCAUUGCCAUUUGCCUGUUUCAUUUGCAGGCAGCCUUUCGUAGAUCCUGUUGUAACCAAGUGCAAGCACUUUUUCUGCGAGCAUUGUGCUUUAAGGCACCAUUCUAAGAACAAGAAGUGCUUUGUCUGCAACCAGCCCACCCUUGGCAUGUUCAACACGGCGCAUGAGAUACGGAAGAAGAUGGCUGCAGAGAGAAAAUGACAGGUCUGUGAGUUUUGUUUUAUCACCUCCUCUUAACCGCGUUUUCUUGGCUACUGUUGCAUUAUAGGUUAAAGUUUUUUAGUUUUCCUUGAAGUUCUGUAAUUGGAAUUUAGAAAUGUAGAACACUUUUGUUGAGCUGGAGGAUAUCAAAUCAACACAUUGAUGA